CGGCAACAGGCAGCAGCAGUCCUGUCAGGUCGCUCAACCGAGGUGAAGCACAGGCGUAAAGACGUUAUAACGUCUAAAAGUCGCGGUAUUUCCGGUAAAUCGGUGCAUGAAUACUUCUCCGCGGGGACUAGUUUGUCGUUGCGAUAGUUAGCCGACGUCUCGCGGACGUUUUGGGGGCAAUAAAGUCCUCAGAAAGUGAGUCUCUGUCAGACCGACGACGAGCUUCAGGAGGAGUUCCCCGCGGAGGGAUGUGAGGUCCCGAUGGGAGCUGGGGACGCGUUCACGGACAACCGGGAUAAAGGCGCUUCUGUGGGUGUUGUUUAGCCGGCAGCAUGCUGGCGAACACGGCGCUUUACGCCGCGAAGAAGCGGAAGAAGCCGGUGCAGAAAAUACCCAAGCCCCCUCCUCCCGAUGGCAUCAAGUCCAACCCGUCCAAGCGGCACCGUGACCGUCUGAAUGGCGAGCUGGACAAGCUGACCGGCCUGCUGCCCUUGAGCCAGGAGGUGCGGGCGCGGCUGGACAAGCUGUCGGUGCUCCGCCUCAGCGUGGGCUACCUGAAGGUCAAGAGCUUCUUCACAGCCACCAUGAAGAAAGGCCAGAACGGCUCCAGCGAGCGGAGCCUCAUGUUUGGGGGAAACAUCCCGCCUUCCUCCUCCUCCUUCUCCCAGGUGACCUCCAUCGACGGAGUGAAGUUCAACGAGGGCGACCUGCUGCUCCAGGCGCUGAGCGGCUUCGUGCUGGUGGUGACGGCUGAAGGCUACGUCUUCUACACCUCCCCCACCAUCCAGGACUUCCUGGGCUUCCACCAGUCUGACGUGGUCCACCAGAGUGUGUUCGAGUUGAUCCACACAGACGACCGGGCGCUCUUCAGACGGCAGCUUCACUUCGCUCUGAACCCCGACACCAGCCAGCAGGACGCCAGCGAGCAGAGCUCGGCGGAGGUCAGCAGCAACGUGAUGACCUACGACCCCCGGGCCAUCCCUCCGGAGAACUCCUCCUUCCUGGAGAGAAACUUCUGCUGCCGCUUCCGCUGCCUGCUGGACAACUCCUCCGGCUUCCUGGCGAUGAACUUCCACGGCCGCCUGAAGUUCAUCCACGGCCAGAACCGGGUGUCGGAGGACGGGGCGCCGGUUCCCCCGCAGCUCGCCUUGUUCGCCAUCGCCACGCAGAUGCAGCGGCCCUCCAUCCUGGAGAUCCGCACCAAGACCCUCAUGUUCCAGACCAAGCACAAGCUGGACUUCACGCCCAUGGGCAUCGACAACAGGGGGAAGGUGGUCCUGGGUUACAAUGAAGUGGAGCUCUGCAUGAAAGGUUCCGGCUACAACUUCAUCCACACCGCAGACAUGAUGUACUGCGCCGACAACCACCUGAGGAUGAUGAAAACCGGAGAGAGCGGCUUCACGGUCUUCAGGCUUCUGUCCAAAACGGGGGUAUGGAUCUGGGUCCAGGCCAACGCCCGGCUGGUCUUCAAAGCAGGGAAACCGGACUUCAUCGUGGCCCGGCAGAGGGCGUUGUUAAAUGAAGAAGGGGAGGACCAGCUCCGCCUCCGCCGGCUGCAGCUGCCCUUCAACUUCACCACCGGGGAGGCGCUGCUUUACGACAUCACCCCCACCGUCGACGCCCCCGACCCUUGCUCCGCCCCCAAGCAGAGGAAGUUGGACGACCACACGGUGAGCCGCGAGUCCAUGAUGGGCUGCAUGCUGAGCCAGAACCAGUCCCUGUACUGCGACCACAACAAGAACAACGCCUUCAACACCAUCCACGACGCCGCCUUCAAGCACAGCCACGCCACGCUCAGCGUGCCCGGAGACGCCUGGGAGCUCGCCGCGGGCGGCGCGGAGAGGUCCGAGGCCACGGUCCAGGACAUGAUGGAGACCCUGCAGCAGAUCCUCGGGGACGACGACCUCGGCGCCCUGGACAUCGAGCCCGAGGAGCUGAAGAGCUGGGAGAGCACCCUGCUGAAGAUGAGCAGCAACAUCUGCGAGAGCAACGACCACCUGGACGACAUCCUGACGUACGUGGAGGAGCAGCUGCAGAGGGAGGGCGGCCUCCAGAACCAGCAGCCCGGGCCGGCCCCGGGCCACAUGAAGCUGACCCACAUGGAUCUUCCUCCGCUGGGUUUCAACGGUCCGACCCUUGGGCUCCAGCUGGGAGCCACUGGUGCUCCAGUGACCUUCAACCCGUCCGCACAGAACCACCUCAGAACCGUGCAAGUCUCUGCCGAUGACAACAACCGGGGAUUCUCGCCGAGGCGACCUUCAGCCAAUCAGAUUCACCCCGACCCAGCGGCUCAGCCAAUGCAGAGCCCCCGUCAGGCGAGGGCGCCCGACGCACCGGCCGGCCUCCGGGACCCGAGCGCCGGCCGGCCGCUAACCCCCGGGUUCAACCUGCAGGAGAACCAGUGGAGCUCCGACCCGGCCGGGGGCUUCGUGGAGGCGUUCGGCCAGAGCCCGGUUCCCGGUUCCUCCUCGGCGAGCUGCGCCCUGAAGACACAGAGCCACGGCGGUCACAGAGCGGCGUGGCCCCCGGAGCAGCCGCUGGGACCCCACCAGGCGUCGGCCUAUCAGAGGAACCCUCUGCACGUGGUCAACGGCGGUCCGAUGUUCCGGACGCCAGAGACCUCCGGUGUGCAGCUUCCUGUCCAGCGGGCCGCGGAGCCGCCGAGCAGCUGCAUGUUCAGGAGCGUGGCGCUGAGCGGACGGCACCUCGCCGGCAGCCAGGCGCCCCCCAUGCCCUCCUGCCUGUACCAGGGUCUCCCCGGGGGGGGGGCCGGCCCGGAUCCCAAUGAGCUGGACGUCCUGCCGCCGCCGCCGCCGCACCUGGACUUCAGUGAGCAGACGCAGAUCAACAGCCGGCCGGCCGUCGGGGGCGGAGCCUUCUCCUUCUGCUCGCUGCCCGACGGGAGCGAGUACUCAGAGAGCAAGUAGGACUGAGGAGCCACGACUCCACGCCGCUCUGAACUCAUCGGGGGAUCAGACUGAAGAACUGAAACGUGAGGAGCCUCGCCUCUCCUCUCCUCUCCCCUCCUCUCUCCUCCUCUCCUCUCCUCUCUCCUCCUCUCACCUCUCAUUAGGAAACAGUGAUGGAAGCUGUGUGGUUCAGGACAUCUGGUCUCUGAGGAGGAGAAAGAAAUCUAUUUGAAGUUUGUUUUUAUCAAAGAAAGAAACAUGGAUUCCCUCCUUGGAGCCGGUUGGACUAUACCAACAGGAGAGGUGUCUCUUCACUGGGCCUCCUCCCUUUCCAGACACACACUGUACAAAGACACAAAUCUGACCUUUGUGUGUCUUCUUCAUCUCAAGCCGCACUGGGCUCACUACUGCCCCCUGUGGCCGCAGAGCAGAACACACCCACUGCAACUCCUCUCAAACAAAUCCAUAUCUGUGACAUAUUUACCCGGGUAUGUUCAUUAUUUACCCGGGUAUGUUGAAUAUUUACCCGGGUAUGUUCCCCGCCCUCCUCUAAGGGGAGGAGGAGCUGGUGGGCGGAGCCUAUUGGAUGCUGUGAGGUCAGGAACAAUAAGGUCCUGAUGCUCUCCAGCGCUCCGUGGUGACUAAGGACCUGGAUGACGGUUAAAAGAAAGAAACGUCCGACUCCCGGAGAAACCUGCUUUCUAUUUUGAGCGCUCGGAAGGAUAAAAUAUAAAUACGUUGUUGUUGUUGUUGUCUUUGUCCUUGAUUCUGUUCAUUUCAACUGGUUGCUGUGCCAGUGAGGGAGGUUGUGUGUGCAGACAGGGUUUUACAAAGAAAACGCUCAACAAAAGGAGUGAACCGCGUCCUGCUGGCGCCGCUGUUGUGCAUCCAGUCGGAGCUUCUUCUUCUUCUUCUUCUUCUCCUUCUUCAUAUUUAUGUGUUGUUGUUUUCCUGUUGUAGGGAGAAAGAUAAAUACAGACCGAACGCUCCAUCUGGGGACGUUUACGACGUUUCCACACAAAACAAGGUGCAGUGGAAACUAGAUUAUAUGUUUCAUUGAAAACAAAGUCGCCUCUCGCCUUCAUCGUCAUGGAGACGACGCGUGAGGUUGUUGCACUGUUCCUUUAAGUGUUCCCAAAGAAUAGAAGAGAACUAGUUCACCCAUCUCUGACAUGCUGAUCAUUAAAGAUUACAUGACAUGUUUUUUAAACGGACUGAAAGUCAAAGUUAGCGAGACUGCCGAUCAUAAAGACCAGGAUGCAACGCGCCGCUCUUCAUCUCUCCGUCCUCUUCCUCUUUCCUGCUCCUGACCUCGAGGUUUAUUGAUCGACGUUCUCGCUCAGAUCGGCAGCAAAAAACCCAGAAGUAAAACUUUGAAAGGCAGCUAUUGUGUUUGCUUUACGGGGGAAUGGAUAACUUCAGUCUGACCUCUUCAUGAGUGUUUGUUCUAUAAUCCUCAAACUCACAGACAUGAAACGUUCUUCUGGAAUAAGUCUGGUCCAGAAGCUGCAGGAUGCCAAAGGGAAGGAGAGAUAAUGUUAUUGAUUAGUGAUCGCUUCGUUUCACAUCAUCUUUAACCGAGUAUACUUUAAAAGAGGAAGCAAUCAGCAUUCUUUGAUGUGUUGGAUGAGUUAUUACAGUAAUAAUGAGACACAUCAUGGUUUUGUAGCUUUAAAAUUGAGCCAGAGAAAUUUAAAAAUAUCCAAAGUGAAUCGUCACCAACACCUGCAUUUCUCUCCUCGGCAGAUUCACCAAAACAAAACCAAAUGACAUCGCCGCACAGGGAUUUAUGAGUUCAUGAGACUCAAAACGAAGCUCUGGUUUCCGAGGUGUCGGACCUUGAAUGCCUCUUUGUGCUUUCAAUUCAAUCACAAAUAUAGAAAUAUUAAAUAUAUAUCGUUGCUUGCUUCGAGAUGAAAAAUAAGCCUUUGUACUUAAUUAUACUUUUCACUCCCAGGAAGCCAAGGCUCCACAUUGCAGUAUCUUUUGUACCUGUAUAUAAAUAUAUAUAUGUGUCUUCUUUUUGUUUACGUAUUGUCCCAUAUUGUGUAUUUUAAUGCCAUAUCGCCUUAAUCUGACUCACGCCUACUUCAUAUUUUGUUCAUUCUCUGCACAGCAUAAGCAUAUGUUAACCUCUUGUUAUGCGUUGUUUUUGUAACUUUUCAAUAUGAUAUCUAGUGAAUUCACUAUGUGCCUCUCACAUGGAGGCGAUGUGUUCAUGCUCGCCAUAUUAAAGGUGAUCUGAUCACACGUUGUGUCUUCCUCCAAUACCAACAUGUGAACAAAAGUUAUCUUUAAGGGUAUUUUUUAUUUCUCUUUUAAUUAUAGUUUGAUGGAGAAAAAAUAGAGGUAAAAUAAAUGGACAAAUUGGAGAUGGCGAGAAAGCUUUUUUAUAGCAUGUUUUAUAGCAUUAUUUGGUGUAUUCGAUUCAAGGAUGAAAAAAAACGUCUCAUUCAAAAUAAUGAGGAAAAUGUACAUUAAGUUAAUUUUAUAAACUAUUUAAACAGAA